AUGCCUAUCAUAAAAGUCACCGUGUACGGCUUGAAGUCCACAUUCAGACAGGCUGAUGCUUCUUGCGAAGGUCUCAUUAUUCGCGACGACCCUGCGGCGGUUGGCGACUACAUCGCCAACUACAUCGCCAAGCGAAUAAACGACUUUGCUCCGACAGCAGAGAAACCGUUCGUACUUUGGCCUCCCAACAGGCUCAUCUCCCAUACCCACUUACCAGAGGCUUAUCAAGCUAUACAAAGAGGGCAAGGUGUCCAUGUUGUUACAUUCAACAUGGAUGAAUAUGUUGGUUUGCCUAGCGAACAUCCUGAAUCCUAUCACACCUUUAUGUUCAGAGAAUUUUUCUCCCAUAUCGACAUUCCUCCAUCACAGGUUAACAUCCUCGACGGCAACGCACCUGACCUGAUCGGAGAGUGCAAUGCGUACGAGUCGCGCAUAAAACAAUAUGGGGGUAUCGAACUUUUCCUGGCAGGUAUUGGGGAAGAUGGGCACAUCGCCUUCAAUGAACCAGGCUCCUCUCUCGCCUCUCGUACGCGUAUCAAGACCCUCGCCUAUGAUACUAUCCUCGCAAAUGCUCGCUUUUUCAAUGGUGACGUCUCCGCCGUGCCUCGUAUGGCUCUCACUGUCGGUGUCGCCACCGUUCUUGAGGCUCGCGAGGUCGUAGUUGUUGUCACUGGCCUCCGCAAGUCACUAAGCGCUCAGUCACGCUAUUGAAGGCGGAGUGAACCAUUUGGUGAGUGGAAUAUUCUGGAAAAAUUGAGGAUACACUUGUGCAUUUGUUGAUGACUUGCUACACUAGUGGACACUUUCUGCGCUCCAACUACACCCCUGGGCACUGAUCGUCGUUGAUGAAGAUGCCACUGCAGGUAUGCUACCCCUUUUCUUUCCCCUUACGCCCAC